AUGAGAAGUUCUAACUCAUCAACUCAAGGACGAGUACAGAUGCAACGAGAAAAGUUUAAGCCGAACAAUAUAACCUUUUUGGGUCUUCGGUCUGCUUGUAAUCAUUGUGGUCUAGUAGAGGAAGGAAAAUUUUGGUUUAGGAAAAUGGAAUACUUUGGGCUCAUUCCACAGAUUGAGCAUUAUGGUGGUAUGGUAGAUCUUUUAGGAAGGGCAGUGUGCUCGGAGGAAGCUGAGAAGUUGAUCAAGAGCAUGGCUUACGAUGUCCAUGGAUUAAUUUUUAGUUCCUUUCUUUUUGCAUGUGGGUAUUAUGAGGAUGUCACAAGAGCCAACAAAAUUCUAGAGCCAGCCAUCAAACUGGAGCCAUGGAAUGCUGGAAAUUAUGUCAUGCAUGUUGAUAAACUUGUUUGCGAGAAAAAGAAAGUGGAGAAAUGCAGACAAUAUGAAAAGUUUGAUGUGGAAGAAUCAAGCUAA